CUUGACCCGAUCCUAAUGCAUGUAAACUCCUAACCCUCCUGUCUUCCUCGCGUUAUACGUCGGACGCGUUUCCCCGUUUCAUAAUUAUACGAUAUUUACGACGGCGAUAUUUACACGCGGAAGGAUCCCGGAGGAUAACAAAGAGAAAUAUGAACGGAAUGAGGCAAAUAGUGUUUAAUCUAACUGCUUUGACUAGCGUGGGUAUGGGGGGCUGGUACUUGGGCAAGUUCUCCGAACAGAGGCGAUAUUCGAAAGACAAUGAAACGAGCGUGUUGUCAGCGACGCAUAUCCGGAGCAUGCCAGGUUUGCCUCUGUUCGGCACGGUUUCGGCGGCCACCCCCUUGACACCUGCCGAAAGCGACUACGAUAUGGGCUCCAAAGUGUCAUCGACCGUCACAAGGGUGUCGCAGAUUAUGAAAUUUGGUUUUCCCGGAUUGGAUCAUGUCAGGUCCUACGAGGAUUUUGUGCUCUCUUACGACAGGCGAAACAGAGUUGCUCAUUGGGUGUUUGAACACUUGACCAAGGAAAGGUUGCAGUACAACAAGGAAGCGGAUCGUUCCAAGUGCGAAUUCAAACCCGAUCAGAGUAUACACCCUUUCUUCAGAUCAGAGAAUACAGACUACAAAGGAAGCGGCUAUGAUCGUGGUCAUCUGGCGGCGGCUGGAAAUCACAGAGUGAACCAGAAACACAUGGAGCAAACUUUCUUCCUCACUAAUAUGGCACCACAGGUCGGAAAGGGCUUCAAUAGAGAUUCCUGGAACAGGUUGGAGAAACACGUUCGGAAAUUGACAAAUGUCUACAAGGACGUUUACGUGUGCACGGGACCGUUGUACCUUCCUAAGAGAGAAACGGAUGGAAAGAAAUAUGUGCGUUAUGAGGUGAUAGGCGCGAAUCAUGUGGCGGUGCCUACACACUUUUACAAGGUGAUCGUCGGCGAAACCAACGAUGGCAAGCUCGAAAUGGAAGCUUUUGUGAUGCCGAAUACGCCGAUUGACGAUAACGCGCCGCUCACUAAUUUUCAGGUGCCACCAGACAGCAUCGAACGCGCUGCCGGGCUUUUAUUCUUUGACAAAAUAUCGCGCAAUAAAUUAAGCAAAGUGAACGGCAAGAACACAGGCUAGAUUUGAGACGACUGCUCAAUUCACUCCAUUCCCUUUUCCUUACCGAUAGAAAAUUCCCAAUUUUCAGAUAUUCAGAUUGUAAAGAGUUUUAAUUUCUGACGCACCAUCGAUCGUAUAUUUAAAUCUAGUCGAUUAUUUUUUAGCUCAUUGUACAUAAUUUAUACAAGUUUUAUCAAUCACGA